ACCCUGUGCCAUGAAUCGUGCCCACGGCAGGGCUGUGGGAAAGUUCGGGAGAGAGAGCACCCACACAUUGUCAUGGUAAUGUUGGUGGGUGGAGGUGUUGGGGGCGCGAGGCUGUGGUGCGUAAAAUGUAUAUAUACAUGUAUGUACCCCUUCUUCAGUGCUCCUUUCUCCCUCUCUGUUGAACUAUUCGUUCAUAAAAUACUAAAACAGUGUAAACUGAGUUUUGUGGGGGACUAUAGCUGCAGAAGAGAGGGGCCCACAAGGACACAGAUAGUGUGGACUGUGGAGCUCUCAGUUCGUCAGGUGGUUUGGUGCGUGCGCCUUGCAGCUCGAGGAUGACGGCCUUCAACAUGGGACACCGGGGAAAUGGGCGCGAGAGGAAUUUUAGCGCUAAAGAAGAACGAAAGUUGCGGAAGCCUCUAAUUGAGAAAAAGAGGCGGGAGCGCAUCAACUGCAGUCUGGAACAACUGAAAGGAAUCAUGGUGGAUGCAUACAACCUGGAUCAAUCUAAACUGGAGAAGGCUGAUGUACUGGAGGUUACUGUGCAACAUAUGAAGGGUCUGCAGAAGGGUCACGGUUCAGGUUCUCCUUCUGGUCCCAGUAUAGGGUUUGAGUCCCGGCAGCGCUACAGCAGUGGAUACAUUCAAUGUAUGCAUGAGGUCCACAACCUGCUCAAGAGCUGCCCAGGCAUGGACAAGCCACUGGGGGCCCGGCUCCUCAACCACCUGCUCAAGUCUUUGCCCCACAUCAGCUCUGAGACUGGGGCUGGGAACACUGGUGGCAAUGGGACCAAUGGUAUCAAUGGGACUCCGACUAGGGCUAUUGGUAUGAGUAAUAGGAACAGUGGUUGUGUUGGUGGUGGUAGUAGUAAUGGUGGUAGUCCCAUGUCUGGAUCUGGGCCUGUCUCCCCUCCCCAGUCUCCACUUUCUCUGUCAUCUGGAGGUGGAGCGCAGUCACUCCAGCCUGGUUGUUUACAGAUGCAUCAUGCCACACCCCCCUUGCAGCCAUCACCCUCACCAAUAGGAAGCUCACCACUCCACGCCCUUUGCAGCCAGGUACAUUCUGGUAGAGAUGGGAGGGAUCAGCAGAAGUCCGUCUCCUCCUCCCCUCCUUGUUCCCCCAAUCUACCCCAGCCUGGGGUGUUUCACCCCGCUCCCCUGUCCCCUUUCUCACCCCCCGGGGGAGACCCCUCCAUGUGGAGGCCUUGGUGAAGACCUCAGGGAACAGACAAACACACACACACCUUCCAUCAAGUUAGGUACCCUGAUUUUUUUUCCUGACCCCGUGACCUGACAAGGAAAAUGCCCAGGCUGUAGGCCGACUAGGGCCUGGAGUUUUCCCAGUCAGGUCAUAACGCUGUGGCAAGG